UAGUUGGUAUCUCCCCGCGCAUGUGCAAAGCGACCCUUCCUGUUCUAUCCGCCAUUUUCUGUCUGCGAUUUUUCUCAACUCUAAAACCUGAUGUUUUCCCGAUAAUUCCUGCCCUCUGUGCGCCUGUCAGCCAUGACUGAGAACAUAGAGGUGAACCUCAGUCCUCAGGACAAAAAGGACCUGGAUAAAUACAUCAAGUUCCUCUGUCUCAAGAGUAUUCAGGUGAUAGUGCAGUCGCGCCUGGGUGACAAGGUCCGCACCAAGUCCAAACCCUCCACAACCGGUGCAGACUGGUUCAACCUGGGCAUCACGGACGUGCCACGCGUGUUAGCGGAGGGGAAGCGGAUCAUAUCAGGCCAGCUGCCGAGCCAGGGCCAGUCGUUAUGUGUGGAGAUCUCUCUGACAACAUCUGAGGGGGACUCCAUGAUCCUGGAGACUUGGUGUCUGGGGAUGAACGAUCGCUCCGAGGCAGACAUCAAGGUCAGCUACACGGUGUAUAACCGUAUGGGGAUCCUGCUACGGUCUCUCUUCACCCUCACCAGAGUCACCCCAGCGUACAGACUAUCCCGUAAACAGGGAACAGACUUCGUCAUCAUGUACAGAAUCUACUUCGGCGACGUCAAGUUUGACGGGCUGGGAGAGGGCUUCCAGGUGAUGAGAGUCGGGGCAGUUCCCACGCCCAUCGGUACACUAACGAUGUCGGCAGCGUACCGCACCAAACUCACCAUCCCGUCCGAGGGGUACGCGGGCUUACAGAUGAAGGCAGACCACUACAUGGCGAACACCCCGCCACGAUACAUCGGUCGGAACCCCUCCGAACCUCGGUUCCAAAUCUACGCAGAGGACUUCCCCGAUUGGGAGGAUCCAUUGCAGGAAGUGGGGGUGGGCUCGUGUUCCGUCUCACCGCCAAACCAGAUGACCUUCUCCCGCGCAGCUACCCAGACUGACUUGCAGCAGUGUGCUGCGACCGUCGGGGAACAGGGUGAGCACUUGAACCUGUCCGCCGCGCCGAAGGUCGGAGCGUUCGCGCUGGGCAAGGACAUUGGGAAGGACGGAGACGGGAACGUUUGUAACGUGCCGUUCGAACUACUGACGCAGCAGAAACCAGAGCCUCGCGAACGAUCGUCGUCAUCCCCGGUUCCCUUCCCAGACCAAACCGGGAUGUUUGACCAAUCAGACUGCUUGCGGCUGACAUCAUAUGGUCUAGCCGGUUCGACAGGUUCAUACGGAAGCCAGCUCUCGUCGUCUCCGCAAGAAGACUUCGUCGUUGUCGAAGUUCAGAAGCCAGCGUUCGGGAAAUGUGACUCGAACAGUGACCUUGGAACGUUCUACAAGGAAUGUCAGAACCCGCCGCAGCUCGUGACAUUCGCGGACUCCAAACAGCCUUGCGUAACGGACACGCUCGCUUCCUUCACUGAGGAUCUCGCAAAGUAUGAGGAUAAUCUGGAUGAAUUUGAUGAGUUUGUGUUGUCUCUGCAGGAGGACCAGUAGGCAAAGUUAAGGGGAACAGAAACAAUUGGGUUCAAUUUGAUAUUUAAA